AGGUUUGAGUAACGCAGGUGCUGCAGCUCUUCAACUUAAUACCGGUAAUAUUUCAAGGAUAUUGAAUCUUUUUCGAAGCCUUUAUAGUUCAUAUUUAAAGAUUUCCUAUUUUAUGAAACAUGAGAGUCAAUUGUAGCAAGCAAGAUGAAUCCAGACAAAUAUAUUUUGAUCGAUUGUGAUCCUGGUGUUGAUGAUUGUUUUGCAAUCACGAUGGCAUUAUCUCAAAAUCCAAAAGUAAAGGUUGUCGGAAUAACUUGUGUGAAUGGGAAUGUAAAUAUUAAACAAGUUGCCAUUAAUACAGUCAAAACCGUUAAACUUUGUGGAAUGCUCGAUCAGGUUCCCAUUUUCAAAGGUUGUGGUGAUCCCGUCAUUAUUAUGCCAGGUGCGAUCGACUCCACUGCAUUCCACGGAAAAGAUGGCAUGGGUGAUGUGCCAGAUGUUGAACCUCGUGCUGACGAGAAGCUACUGGAGCAUGUCCAGGAAGAACAUGGUGUGAAUGCAAUUAUGCGUUUGGCCAAAGAAUAUGAAGGAAAAUUGGAGAUUCUUGCGAUUGGGCCGCUUACUAACAUUGCGAUUGCCGUGAGGCUUGACCCAGAUCUGACCAAGCGACUGAAAGCCUUGCAUAUACUUGGUGGAACUCUAAGAGGACAUAGAAAUAUAACUCCUUGUUCGGAAUACAACUUUUACGUUGAUCCGGAAGCUGCACAGAUGACAUUGCGCUCAUUCUCAAAGCAUUGCCUUGUUCGUUUGGUUACAUACGAAACUACUCUUGAUCAUGCUGUUCCAGUCGAUUGGUUAGAUCAACUACUAAACGGUAAAGACAAAAAACGAACAUUCUUUCGCGAAAUUUACAAAAGAUGUCAGAACAUACAACUGCACAAAAUUUCUGAGGGGCUGUUACGUGGUUACACUAUUUGUGAUAUUUACGCAGUUUGCGUUGCCUUGGAACCCAACUGCGUAAAGAAGUCGCGUAAAUUGCGCAUGGGCGUAGAGUUGGGCGGACAUCUAGCAAGAGGUAGUCUCAUAAUUGACCACAGAAACAAAGGAAGCCCUUUUCUAACUGAAGGAACAAUCGAAGUUAUCGAGGAAAUCUGCCUUGUGCAACUCAAAGACAUGUUAGCAAGAGCAUUUUCCUAGAUAUCGUCAUUCAUACGGACCAGCAGUGUUUCGAUUUCGACUGAACAAAACAUUCUCCCAAAGAUUUUACCACUGUAAAACCUUCAUCUCCUUAUAAUUUGGGAUUUAAGAAUCGGAAAAAGAAUGGUAUCUGGAAUCGAAAAACACACGGUUGUUCAAAAAUUUACGUUUAAGAUAUGUAUAGAAGACAGUUUGGUUAGUGUGAUACAGCUAUUUUUUAUUCUAAAAUACGUACUAUUUUCAUGAUCCAUUCUGCCUAGCACCAAAAAGUCUCAUUUUUACCAAAGCCUAUUCACGUAAUAUUCAAAUGUGGCACUACUGCUUAGACUUAGCUAUGGUCGAUUGUUGUAGAAAAUAUGAAAUUCUAUAUUGGUAUAAAUUUAUCAAGGUUUGAUUUAGUUAUUUACAAUCUCCAUAUUUCAAAAAAAAAUUCGUUUUGUAUUAUUGGUUUUUGCAAACUAAUAUGGUACCGCGAUUAGGCAGUGAAUACGUUUUACCAUGUAUCAUAUUUUAGUAAUAAAACUGAUUACAAAA